AUGGCUGACUUGAAUGUCGACUCAGAGGUGCGAGAUGUUUGGCUGUCCACUGUGUUCCCGUUGAAUGUCGCAUUCAUUGUGCCCAUGGAGACCCUGCGACGACAGAUUCGCUCACAUUUCGGUCUUAUUGUCGAAAGAUGCUAUCCGGACCUUGUUAAUAAUGUAAUUGACACGAUUAUGUCACUUUUGAACGAUAAAGCUGAAUGGGAGCCCGAGCUGAUCAGUGUUUUUCAGUUCGUGACACUUUUCCGCGGAAAACAUGUCACUCCAUUCAUUGAGAAUUUGGCCCAUGAAGCGUGGAUAACGUCGAGUCUGAGUUCACGUCAAGUGAGCAGUGUUCAUGAGGUAAUGAAUCGUUUAUCGCAAGUGCCCGUUGUGCCGCCACUUGAAAGUUUGCGACACAUCUCACUGGUACUUGUCUGCCCGGAUCGUCAAAUUCAAGUCAUCAUUGGUUCGUGCAUAAUUCUCAUUUCGCUCUCUGAAUUGAUUUCAGAUUUUUUGCAGUCAUUUCAUUCUUUGUUUUUGUAA